AGAUGAGAUAACAGAUGCAGAAUGAGACGCAGCAGCAGCGGUAACCUAUUCAGUUACGCGGUCCUCACCUUCACCCUCACUCGCCUCAAGGUACAUGCGGAAGGUGGAGUUGCUUGUAAAGAUCAACAUGGACACUCUUAUGAAAGCGGCUAUCAUUAUAUUCCUGGACCUGAACCAUGUACCUUCUGUGUUUGUGAUAAUGGCAAUCCAAAAUGGUGUAAAGCAUUCAUUUGUAAAUUUCUCGAGGAGAAUUGCAAGUCUUUCCGGCGAGGUAACACUUGCUGCGAGUUUAUUUGCCUGGACGACACAUUGUCGUCAAUAUCUAACGACAAAGCUGACGAAGCGGAGACUAAUGCGAUAGAUGGAAACGCAAAUUAUGACAUAGGUCUACGAUCGGUUGCCAGUUUUGUAACAGCAAUAUUUUCACUAAGUUUGUUAUUUUUUCUGAUACAUCGUCUACGCCAACGUAAGAUACAAGUUUGUGUGGCAGGUCGAGAAAACAGACAACUUGGAGAGGACCAAAGAAAUUUAGGUAAUAUGGGAUACUUGGAGAGAGGCGGAUUACCUCACGGGGUUCCCAUGGACGACAUACCUUGUGGAACAGGUUACUCAUUAUGGAAACCACCUGGCAGUAAUUACUUUCCGCGUGGUGAAGCACCUCCGCCUUAUGAGGAAGCGAUCGCGGCUGCGAGAGCGGAACAGGCAUUAUUAUCAAUUAAUCCGCACGCGUUGUUGUCAAUGAACUUCUCGGACAAUUACAUGCCAAAUUCUAACAAUCAUGCGAGCGUGGCGGUUGUCACGGACACACAAAAUGAUUUGACCGCAAACACACAGGCGUCAUCUAAUGAUAGCAACAUACACACGCCCUUGAUGUCUUCGUCAAAUAGACUGCUGUCUAGUCCCAGCGCAUAUGCUGGUGGUUAUCGACCAAUAAGUCAAAGCAGCGCAUCGUCCACCAUUGGUCUGAAUACGAGCACUUCCACCGCGAGUUUCACAAUAGGAACAAACACGUACGAGAAUCUACCGGUCUCGUCCAUUGCUAUGACGAGUUUUAACGAUAGUCAACAUUCCGCAGUGACAAGCACUAGUACGCAGCCACUACUACCGAUAUCGCAUUCCACUAUACCUAAGAAUUAUCGCCAGCACACAACGAUGUUUCCGCGGCAGAGCGGCGGCGAUGGCGAUAGCGGCGGUGCGUUUACAAUAUCGGCGACUUUGUCGAAUUCCGAUGUAUCCUCCCAUCGUACGAUUCCGCGAACAUUGACGUGUGUCGCUAGCAGAGUAAAGGAUGUUUUGACUGAUUGCUCAGCGAGGGACUAUCUCCGUUUGUCGCCGAGCAGCAUUGCGACGCCUCAAAGCCUGUCACGUCCUAUACAGCUGUCAGCAGCCGCAGUCACGGCUCCGGGCAAUUACAAAAGUACCAAAAACUCGGACCCAUUUUACACGGAUGCUCCUGUAGCGUCCAGUUUAGCGCAAUCGGAAACGUAUACCGCAGAUACGGCAAAUGUAUCCGAGAGGACUCGGGAAUACACGCCUUCGCUAAGCAUAGCUAACGAAAUCAAUGUAAGUGGCAGCUUCGAGUCGGUGACGUGUACCUGCAGUAUACAAGCGUUACCCACUCUGCACGAUGACACGGACGAUUAUCGAAGCGAGUGCGAGAACUGUAAGAGCGCGACGGGUUCUCGUUACUACUUAGAUAACGAAGAUGAACUCGUUACAUCACUUCACGAAACCAUGACGUUGCACAGAAGACCGGACGAAGCAACAUCAAGUGCUACACCACAGUAUUAUAGAACUUCACUUACACUGCCGACGAGUACACGCCAACGUACAAGGAUUACCGGAGCUCGUGAAAAUUGGUUCAAUACCAUGCCAGAAAGUUCUAGCGGUUCUUCGGACGAAAAUUAAGUAUUUCGAAAAAAAAAAUAGAGGAAAAUGUUCAAGUGCGCAAACAAAAUUAUACAUGCACACACGAAAUAUACACAAACACGUACAGUAUGUAUAUAACUAUUUAAAAAAGUUGUACCUAU